AUGAGAAGAGGUACCAUGGAUGUAAAGGUAGCAUCAAAUCUCUCUACUUACCAAGUUUUUUGGAGAUGUCUCCAUUGCAACAGUAACAAGAGAGUAUUGAAAGAUAUCUACUUGGAACACAUUAGCAGAUAUCAAGCAAUAUGUAAUAGGCAUUACAACUUUCAAACUGGUAAUGCUGAAGCUUCUAAUAUUGCUAUUACUCAUAGUCCACCAACCGUUAGAUUUGAAAGGAAUUCUCUUAGAAUUUAUAUACAUAAUAAUAAUACAUUGAAUUUUACUAAGGGUUCAUAUACAGAAGUUAAGAAAAAGUGUACAUUGUUGGGUGGCGAGGCUGCCAAUACAUUAAUAUGUUUAUGUCAAUUGGUUAGAGAUUUCAAGGAAUACAAGUUACUUAAAGAUAACAUUGAAUUUCAAAACAACAAUGACAACAACAACAAUGGAUAUGACUUGAAUAGUAAUCUCGGUGAAUAUAAAGAUGUGUUUAUUAGAUUCAAUUCAGUGCCAAUCUCAGACGAUCAGAUUGGACAGAGAACACUCUCAUUGCUCAGCCAUCGAUUGGGUAAUGAGAGCGACUAUAGAGGCUAUCUAGAACUGCGCAUUCCCAACUUGGUAUCAAGCGAACUUCUCAGCAGUCCGGCAUGUGACAUCUUCCUGACAUCAGACUCUGAGCGAACGAUGUUUGGUUUCGGAUUCGAAUCUAUGAAUCAGUAUGUUGGCACAGUCAAAGAUCAAUUGCUCGAAUUGAUUCAUUGGUCACCAGACUCUUGGCUGACAUUCGAUUAUAAUACAUCGAUGAUAUCCGAUCAUAUUAUUGAUAGGGCCAUUCAUACGGGUGUUAAUCUCUAUGUGAUGGAUCAUGUGCUACCACAUGAAAUUCAAUCGAUGUCAACGAUGCGAUCGGCAUUCUUUUAUCAAACAUCGACAGACUACCUCGGAAAGAAAGGUUCAAUUGAAAUCACUUUGGGUACACUCAGAGAGUUACUAACAAAGUAUCCAAAGAUGUUUAUCAUUAUAACUGAUGGCGCUAAUGGUUUGGCAGCAGGAGGACACUUUCACACUGGACUUUCGACCGAGCCUGUAUAUGUACAGCCUUUCUGGAGAUUGGCACCAAAGAUGAUAGAGCCUGUCGUUGACUCUGUAGGUGCAGGUGACUCAUUCCGUUCUGGAAUGUUAUUCUCUCUGCUUCAAGGAUAUUCUUUGACGACUUGUCUUGAUUUUGCAUGUGUUGCCGGUGCAUUGAAUACACGUUAUAUCGGUGGAAACACUCGUGUUCCACAGAGAACAGAGAUUUUAGAUUAUAUUGCACAAAUAACUCAAAGAUAA